AUGCCUAAAGCUCCCAAGAAGAUUACUAAGCCCAAGAAGGCUGAAAAGAAGAAGAACCCCCUCUUCCAAGCUAAGCCCAGAAGCUUCAGAGUCGGUGGUGAUAUCUAACCCAAGAGAGACCUCACCAGAUUCGUCAGAUGGCCCAGAUACAUCACUCUCUAAAGACAAAAGAGAGUCCUCCUCCAAAGACUUAAAGUUCCCCCCCAAAUCCACUAAUUCACCAAGACCCUCGAUAAGAACCAAUCUUCUAACUUAUUCAAGCUCUUAGCUUCCUACGCUCCUGAAAAGCCUGCUGAAAAGAAGCAAAGAUUAGUUGCUUAAGCUGAAGCCAAGAAGGACGGUAAGUAAGUUGAAACCAAGAAGCCCAUCGUCCUCAAGUACGGUCUUAACCACAUCACUACUUUGAUCGAAAACAAGCAAGCUAAGUUGGUUGUUAUCGCUCACGACGUUGAUCCCAUUGAAUUGGUUAUCUUCCUUCCUCAACUCUGCAGAAAGAACGACGUUCCUUUCGCUUUUGUUAAAGGUAAGGCUGCUCUCGGUAAGUUAGUUAACAAGAAGACUGCUACCGCUGUUGCUCUCACUGAAGUUAGAAACGAAGAUAAGGCUAAGCUCUAAUAAUUCUCCGAACUCUUCAAGACCAACUACAACGCUAACGACGAACUCAGAAAGACCUGGGGUGGUGGUAUCUUGGGACAAAAAUCUCAACACAAGGUCGAAGCUCUUGCUAAGGCUGUCUAAGAAGAACAAAUCAAGAAGGCUAAGCUCUGA